CUGGCAUCAAGAAGCAUAUAUUGCUGUGAAUGAGUAGGGCAAUAAUGCAAAACAAAACAAAACAAAAGGCACUGUAAUGCUAAAUUUACGCAGCACAACAAAAUUCGGCUGAUACUAAAGCUAUCAGAGAACAACUCUCUAUGGUCGGCACUUUAUUCUAUACCUUCUCAGUUUAGCGCUGUCUCCCGAGUUAUAACCUACGGGCACAGUCAGAAAUAUAACUUGACUAUCCCAUCAAUCUUCAAACCAUGGCAAUUUCACCUUUACCACCCCAGUCUCCAUCAACCGCGACGGCAGCUUCCGACACCGCAGUUAAGUUGAGAGCUGCUCAGAGCUCAGCCAAUUCCCAGGGCAAUACAUCUUCGCCUGCUAUCACGCACAGUACAGACCGUGAACUAACUGAACAAUUAAAUGACGAUGUGCGGCAUAAAUAUAUCAAAGACAAGAAGCUAGGGGAAGGAACCUAUGCUGUCGUAUACCUUGGUCAUAUCCGCGUCGAUCCUUCGUCCUUCGUGGCAAUCAAGAAGAUCAAAGUUAAUGCCGAAUACAAAGAUGGGCUUUCCAUGGAUGCAAUCCGGGAAGUAAAAUAUUUACAAGAACUGUCGCAUUCAAAUAUCAUAGCGCUCCAUGAUGUCUUCUCCUCCAAGGACCAAAAUCUCAACCUGGUUCUAGAGUAUUUGCCACGUGGUGACCUUGAGAUGCUCAUUAAAGACGGAAAUAUUCACUACGGCGCAGCUGAUGUUAAGGCGUGGAUGGGAAUGCUUGCUAGAGGUGUCUGGUUCUGCCACGAAAAUUUUAUUCUCCAUCGAGAUAUUAAACCUAACAAUCUCCUCAUUGCUGCCGAUGGGGAGGUGAAGCUAGCAGAUUUCGGCUUAGCUAGAUCAUUCGCUGACCCUUACUUGAAUAUGACACACCAAGUUAUUACACGCUGGUAUCGGCCGCCUGAAUUGCUUUAUGGAGCACGACAAUACUCGGGCGCUGUAGACGUCUGGUCCAUGGGAAUGGUUUUUGCGGAGCUCCUCUUGCGAGUACCGUUCGUCGCGGGGAGUUCUGAUCUCGACCAGAUAUCCAAAAUUUGCGAAGCAUUUGGCACGCCCACUGAAGACAACUGGCCAGGAGUCACUAGGCUGCCCAAUUAUAUACCCGCAGAUAAAAACCACAUUGUUUCUAUACAGGGUCGUGAAUUCUUCUUCAGACAGUUCCCAACUGCCGGUCCUGUCGGCGCAGAUUUGCUCAUGUCAAUGUGUACAUUGGAUCCAAGAAAACGGAGUACGGCACGUCAAGUUUUGCAACACAACUGGUGGUUCACUGAGCCCAGACCGACAAAUAAGGAAGAUCUCCCCAAAAAAACGGAUGGAAUCCAGAAAAUGGGCAACGAUUUGACGAGAAGAGGUGGAGACAUCGACGAUAAUACAUUCAAGAAUGCUGCCCGACAAUUAGAUUUUAACGCGAAGCAAUAGCGGAUCUACUUCAUCUGACUGAAGCUGCCAUCGGAUUCAGCACGAUAUAAACGAGUUUUGCUCAUUCUCUUGAAAUUACACCAGGUGAUAUGCCAUCGUUUUAUCAUCUACGUAGUAGUUAGUCGCCGGG